GCAUGGCUAAGAAAAUAAAAUGGCGUUCAACAAUGAAAUCCGUAACAAUCUUCAGGAACACAUGGCCCGCUACAUGGAGGGACUCAAGCAGUCAGAGAAACCACUUUCAAGCCAGCAAAGACCCAGAAACAUCAAGGCACCACUCUCAAUAAAGCUCAUUAAUCCAAACACUUCAGCAUCAACCUCAAUGAAGCCUCCUCCUUCUAAACCAGUGGCGGCCAUUACUCCUCUCUCCUCUACUGCUCUCACUUCUCCUCCUCCUAAAUCAUCAACUGUUCUCUCUCGUCAAGCCACAGUCCCUCCCAUCAACUUUAAUACAGCUUCAUCAAGUACAGGUGCUCAUAAUGCAGUACAGAAUACUACUCCUCCUCUUCAAUCAUCAACUCCUAAACCACUAGCAAGAUUCUCUUCAUAUUUAUCACCAGCACCACCACAGUCUCCCCCUCCUCCUCCAUCAUUCCAUCAGACCACACCUCCUUCACCACACCCACAUAUACAGGUGCCCUCGUCUCUGAGUGAGUUACAGUUGAAGAGGCUGAAGGUGAUGGAUGAGAUCUGUGAUAUAUUGAGUGACAUACCAUCAACUAGAAUGACAGAACUGUUUGGACUCUCAGCCUGUUACCUCAAGAAGAAACUGGCAAUGAGGAAGAAAUUAUUAGCUCAAGAAAAGGAAUUAAACAAAAACAUAUCAUCAUCAUCUUAUCUUAAUGUUACUACACCACAAUCAGCUGAUUCAGCUCCACCCACCAAUCAAUCACUAGCCCCACCCAUUACUAAUACCUCAUGGUCUGUAGCCACACCCACUUAUCACACGUCAGGGGCAGAGUCACUCGUUUUCCCGCCCACUCAAGAGGUGGAUCCAGUGGAUGAUUGGGAGGAGUUUGAUGAUAUUCCAAUGGACAUGAUACCAGAAGAGGAUCCUGUUGAGAUGAUACAAGAGGAGGAGGAGGAGGAGGAGGUUUGUAUUGAUUUAACUGAUUCACCAUAUCCUGACCCGCCCACUUCAAACACUACAUCAGUUACUCCUUCAUCUUAUAAUCGUCAUCUCAACUUUGAAUCACCAAGUACCUCCACUUCAUUUAAACCUCCAUUUAAUGCCUCGUCUACUCCAUUUAAUACCCACUCUACUCCAUUUAAUGCCCAAACUACUCCAUUUAAAGCCCAGGCUAAUUUUUCAUUUAAUGCCCCAUCAACAUCUACAUUUAAUGUACCACCUCCUACUCCAUUUAAUGCCCGGCGUCAACCUACAGUAAGUUCUAGUCUCAUAAAACCCUCUAAAGGUUCUGAGACGGUUCCGGAUAAUUCAGCCGAGUUUCGUGGCUCUUACGAUCAUGCUCCUCUCCUAAGGAAGGUAUUUCGGGAGAAGUUUGGUCUCCAGGAGUUUCGCCCGAAUCAACUUGAGGCGAUCAAUGCAGCUGUACUUGGUAAGAACUGUUUCAUAUUGAUGCCUACUGGAGGAGGUAAGAGCCUCUGCUAUCAGCUACCAGCACUGCUACUGGAUGGAGUCACUAUUGUAGUCUCACCACUGAGGUCACUGAUACAGGAUCAAGUGCAGAAACUGAACAGCUUAGAAAUUUCUGCUUGUCAUUUAUCUGGUGAGUAUUCACAGUCGGAGGAGUUGAGAGUUUAUACUGAGCUGUCUCGACUUGACCCUGGAAUAAAACUACUCUACGUCACACCAGAGAAACUGGCUGCUAGUACUAAAUUGCUAAAGACCCUCCAGUCUCUUUAUUCUCGUGGUAAGAUCUCACGGUUUGUUAUAGACGAGGCUCACUGCAUCAGUCAGUGGGGUCAUGACUUCAGGCCGGACUAUAAGAGACUUUCAGAGCUACGGCAGCAGUUUCCUCAGGUACCUACAAUGGCUCUCACUGCCACUGCUACUCCGCGAGUUAGAGCUGAUAUACUCUACCAGUUGAAACUGUCUCAUACUAAAUGGUUCACCCAAAGCUUCAACAGAACUAAUUUAGCUUAUUCCGUGAGACACAAGAAGCCAAAGAAAGUGACAGAGGACAUCAUCACACUCAUUAAUAACAACUUUAAGGGAGAAACUGGAAUAGUUUACUGUUUCUCAAGGAGAGACUGUGAGACAGUUUGUUCUGAUCUAAACUCUGCUGGUAUAGCCUCAGUGAUAUAUCAUGCUGGCCUACCUGACCACCAGAGGAGCCACAUACAGGAAACAUGGCUAAGAGACAAUCGCUGCAAAGUAAGGAAAGAGAUACUUAUAACAAUAGGAGGUGUAGUACAUAGGGAAUCACAAAUACUGGAGUAUUUUGCGGAGUCUUUCAAUCCCGAUCUUUGCAAGAAGUCUAAAACUCCUUGUGAUGUUUGUCGCUCUCAAGAGCCUCAUCAAGUUCAGGACGUAACGAGUCUCGUUUGUACCAUAGUCGAGAGUGUGGAACAGGUAUCCAGUGGGUGUGGUCAAUUCACACUACUACAGUACAGUGACGCUUUACGGGCACUGGCAUCAACACGACCACAGCUGAAAUCCUUGCCCUUAUAUGGUAAAGGGGAUUUCCUUUCUAAGCAUGAUCUAGAGAGGCUCCUACACAUGAUGGUACUGAAAGGAGUGCUAGCCGAAGACCUUCAGAUUGGAGAUCAUGAUAAUGUUGUGUGUUAUGUUAAAUCAGGUCCUAUGGCUGGGUCUGUAUUGAGUGGAGAGUUUGGGACGAUACAACUUAAAGUGAAGCAGAAAUCAAGGAAUUCAAUAUCAGGGAAAGUGGUGGUGACUGAGAGUGAGGAGGAGAGGCUAAAAGAGGAGUGUUAUAAUGCACUGGAUGAGUUGAGGAAAAGGAUAGCUAGUCAGCAAGGCAAGACUAAUCCAGAGGUAGUCCUCACUGUUACAACACUCCGUGAACUAUCACAGAAACUUCCGACAAGUAAAGACGAGAUGCUCACCGUCCAGGGUCUAACGGUCGCUAAAUGGAAAAACUCUUGCGGUGAAGAGUUUCUUAAAAUCACUUCGGAUUAUGCUGGUCGAGUUGCUAUGCUCCCACCACCUCCUUCACCUCAAGUGGGAACCUCUCCUUACUUUAAUGACCAGGAGAAUGUUAAUAGGAAAGGAGGAAGGAGGAAAUCAACUGGCCCAAAGUCUAGCAGACCAACUAGUACUGGUACUGCUGCAAAGCCACAAGUUGUUAGUAGUAAGCCUCAUGGUAAAGCUCCUUCAUCCUGCAGUACCAUUGAUUUUGAUGAUUCUGAUGAUGAUUUUGAACUGUGCAGUUUAACAAAGCGGACCAAAUCUCUUAAAUCAACUAAUAAAACCAGUCAGCAGCAGCAAACCAAACAGGCCACACUACCUGGAUUCCUUCCACCACCAAUCCCAGCAACCAGACUUAAAUAAUCUGAUACAUGAUAAUCAUUAUUAUUGUUAUUAUAUAAAUAUAAUAAUAUGAUAAAUUGUUAUGUCAUUUAUACAACACAUCAUUUUUUCUCAACUUGAA